AUGCUCGGAAACAUCCUCAACCCAGACACUUCUUCACAUCAACAACACUCUUCAACUUUACCAAUACAGACUUCCAUGGCCACCGCGACUGUGAGCCUUAUGGCUCCACUUCUCCAGAACGGCCAGCAGCAGAUGGGCCAGGAAGACUCUCGCCAAGAUCUUCCGCGUCCCUACAAGUGCCCUCUUUGUGACAAGGCUUUCCACCGUCUUGAACACCAGACUCGUCACAUCCGCACCCAUACUGGAGAAAAGCCCCACGCCUGCAGUUUCCCCGGAUGCACAAAGAGGUUUUCUCGCUCGGACGAACUUACCAGGCACUCGAGAAUACACAACAACCCAAACUCAAGGAGAGGUAAAGGCCAACAUACAGCUGCUCACCAGGCGGCGGUUGCGGCGGUGCAAGCUGGUCUCAUCGAGCCUACCUCUAGCCUUAACCACAUGAUGCCUCCACCUAAGACUAUUUCUCGAAGUGCGCCCAACUCCAACAUUGGCUCGCCCAAUGUCUCCCCUCCCCACUCCUUCUCAACCUACUCGCCCAAUGUCGGCAACGAUCUCUCAGCAUAUCAUCACGGCGGUCUGAGCAACAGCAAUAGUCCCAACGGUCUGUCGCGAAACAUGGACUUACUCGCUGAUGCUGCUUCCCGAAUCGAACAGCGCCCAAUUCACCACUCACAUUCAAGCCGACACCAUCUCACAAGCCAUGGAUAUCACCCUUACCAGAGCCGACUGCCAGGUCUCUCCCAGUACGCGUACUCGUCGCAGCCAAUGUCAAGAUCACACUCGCACGAGGAUGACGAUCCGUAUGCACACAGGAUGACAAAGAAGUCAAGGCCCGGUUCCCCAAUGUCGACAGCCCCACCUUCGCCCACAUUCUCUCACGACUCCGCAAGCCCUACACCGGACCACACCCCUCUUGCAACGCCCGCUCACUCACCUCGACUACGACCACAUGGAUUCAGCGAUCUCCAACUCCCACAUCUGCGACACCUGAGCUUAAAUCAAAACUUUGCGCCUGCGCUUACUCCGAUGGAGCCUUCGACAGAUCGUGAACAGCCCUACGUCCCGAGUCAAUCGUCUGGCCUUAGAAUUGGCGAUAUCAUAUCAAAGUCUGAAGGAGCACAGCGCAAACUGCCAGUUCCGCAAGUCCCUAAGGUUGCAGUACAAGAUCUUCUCAACGGCCCAAGUACAAGUGGCUUCUCGUCUGGAAAUUCUUCCACGACCGCCUCGUUAGCUGGCGAUGAUCUUGUACAUCGCAUGUGA